UGGAAUGGAACGAACUUUCUAUUCCAUCGGGCUAGCUAGGCCCUCUGGAUAACUGUCAGACAAAGAUCUCUAGAGUGCACACCCCAUAAACGGCCUAACUGUAGCAGUCCAAGUCCGAGGUACUGAUCAACGUACCCCCCAACUAUUAAAAAGUGUAAGGAUAAUCCCGACGAGGUUCCAAUUCCUUGAGAUACCACAAAGGAAUGUUUGGAGCUAAUGAUACCAAUCCUAUGCUACCUUUCUCAAUGGAGGGUUUUAGGUUGCAUAACAAUGCAAAUCUGGUUGUACCACAGAUGCAAAUAGAUGUUGGGGACAAGAACACCAGUUUUUUAAGUCUACCGGAGAAACAAGCAUUGAGGACGCCAAACUUCAUUCAGCACAAGUUUCCUGUGACAUCCUAUGACAAUAAUUGCCAGAAUGAUGCUGCACGAGCCAGGAAUAUGUUGAAGCAAAUCCCUGUCUCUACUGGUCUCAAGCUUUCAUACGGAGAAGAGGAGCGAAGUUCGUCUAUUUCAUCUCCUGGUGAAAGCAUGAGGGUUAUUUUGUCAUCGAUACUGUCUCAGUCCCACAAUAAUAAUCUGCAAUCGGAGUUUGCACGACAGAGUGAUGAAUUCGAUCAGUAUAUCAUGAUACAGGAAGAAAACAUCAGGAAGGGUAUUACAGAACUAAAUCAUCGACACACGAUUUCUCUGUUGAAUGCUGUCGAGAAAGAAGUGAACCUCAGAAUGCAUGAGAAAGACGUUGAGAUACAGACUUUGAACCAGAUAAACAAGGAGCUAAUGGAGAAAAUAAGGCUGAUGGCGAUAGAAGCUCAGUUGUGGCACUCGAGAGCAAAACAAAAUGAGGCUCUUGUCAACGUCUUAAGGAAUAACAUUAAUCAAGUCUUUCUGCAAGGUGCUGCUGCAUUGAAGGAAGGGUGUGGCGAUAAUAUGGAAGAUGAUGCUGUUUCUUCGUGCAAUCGGAAUCUUCUAGAACCUUCAUUUGAUCAUCGAAACGUUGUUUCUUCGAAAGAGCUGGUGAACUGCAAGGUAUGCAAGAGUAAGGAAGUUUCUGUUCUGAUAAUGCCUUGCAGACACUUGUGCCUUUGUAUAGAUUGCUGUGUUUUCAUUGAUGUUUGCCCUGUUUGUCGAGUGAAAAAGGCAGGAAUUUUACAAGUAUACAUGUCUUGAAGAAAAAAAAAAAAAAAAAACGUGAUUUAAUGAGAUUUGUGAUUAACUAAUAUGGAAAGAAUUUUUUUUGUAAAAACUGCCUCGAUAGUUUGUUGAUUAUCUUUGAAGAAAGUGAAAGAAAAUCAACGAUAAAAUUAGCAAUGUCGGUUUUAUGGGUUGAUCAGAAGUUUGUUGAUAAGAGUUUAUGGAAAAUAGUAUGCAAAAUUUUGAACUUGUAUAUGUAUAUAUUUUAUUUAUUACUUAUAUAACUCCAAAAAUAAAAAAUGAGACCUAUCAAAGAUACUAGUUGGUUGAUCGUGAAGACAUGUUAUGUGUAAUAUUAAUUGUUAAAUUUCUCUGACAACAAUAACUAUGUCUUUUAAGCCCAAAAAAUAUAUAUAAAUUUCAUGAAUUUUUUUCACAUUUACAAUUAAAACUCAACAUAAAACCUUGAAUUAUGAUGUAUGAACCACUUCUAUCAUCAUCAAAGAUGCAUGAAAACAUGCAAAGCUAGUCAACUUUCAACUCCAACAAUUUAGUUAACAAACUCAAUUUUUUCCACAUGACCAAAAUCUUUAAAGACAAUGGAUUUAGGGGGUGUUUGGUAUACUUAUUUUGGGCCUAGGUAAUAGUAUCAUUUAAUUCAAUUCAUUACUCAUUGUUUGUUAUGUGAUAUGUGUAGCCCAAUCCGUU